AUACAGAGCCAUGCCGUUGGAUGCUUUCUCUCAUAUUGCUUCACAGUCCCAUGUCCCCAGCUACCCCUCUGUGGGGAAGGUGAAUAGUUCCGUCCUGCCAACAUGGCCGCCACCAUGAAGAAAGCGGCUGCAGAAGAUGUCAAUGUAACUUUUGAAGAUCAACAGAAAAUUAAUAAGUUUGCAAGAAAUACUAGCAGGAUCACAGAACUGAAAGAAGAAAUAGAAGUAAAAAAGAAACAGCUUCAGAAUUUGGAAGAUGCUUGUGAUGACAUCAUGAUGCUUGAUGAUGGUGAUUCACUUCUAAUACCCUACCAAAUUGGAGAUGUCUUCAUUAGUCAUUCCCAAGAGGAGACUCAAGAGAUGCUGGAGGAGGCAAAGAAAAGUUUACAAGAAGAAAUUGAAGCUUUAGAAUCUCGAGUGGAAUCAAUUCAGAGAGUGUUGUCUGACCUGAAAGUUCAGCUCUAUGCAAAAUUUGGAAAUAAUAUAAAUCUCGAGGCUGAGGACAGUUAAAGGUGUUAUGAAUAUACCAUCCAACUUCUCUUUUAGUAAAUAUUUUGAUAACAUUGUUCCAAUUACAUUAAAAAAAAAAAAAUCACCACUGUUUUUUCCUUUCCUGUCUUGGGUUCCAGCUAUUUAAUAAGAGCUUUCUUACUUUGGUUAUUGCAGUUAUUUAUUAGUUUAAGAAAGCAUUGGCUUCAUACUGUUGGUAAAGCAUCAAGACUGGAAUAUUUGCAUUUUUCAUUAAAGGAGUAAAAUCGGGCACACAUUGUAGUUUCCUUGGUCUUGUUUUCCACUCAAGAAAAUACUUAAGUAUAAAAUCAGUAGAAAUGUGGAGGCUUUGUUUUGCACUGUAAUGGUUAUUUGAUAGGAGUUCCUCUGUGAUGUAUAGGGUAUGCUUCAGUUGUAGGCCUGCUGACAGCAGCCUUCCUGGAAAUACUAAAUCUCUCCUUUUGUCUUUCAGUCGUAGCUCAGAUAGUGUAAACGCUGGUAGCUCAGUGCACAGCCUCGCAACAAGUUGGCAGGGGAGAAAGGAGAGCUCUUGAAAGCUUCCAUUGGUAGUGAAGAAAAGCUUUUGGUGUCUCAGUUGUAUUCAGUCAUUUACUGCUUUGUGUUUGGAAUCACAAAAGAUACUGUAAGUCAGAAUGGUGAGUCUUAAUUUCUUCAAAUUUUCCCAAACAGUCCUUUUCUAAAUCCACAUUUAUACAUCAAAUUGAUAUCAAAAUUGUUCUUGGAUGAUUGUGCUGUGUCAACAUCAAUCCCUGGAGCUAUGCUUCUGUCAUUAUAUGAAGUUGAAUGUAAUACUUAAUAGAUGACUCCUUACAUCCUUCAAACAAAGUACUGCCUCACUGUAAUUCUCUUUUUGGCCUUUUUUCCUGCUUUGAUUGAUGUAUUGUUCCAUGGAAAUACUUGCUCAUUAUGACUUUGCCAAGAUCUAAUUUUUACAAAACUUAAGUCAUCUUUUUAAGCUGAUAACCAAACCAAUGUGGACAGAGAACAGUAAUUGUUCUUAUUAUAAAAAUAUACUAAUUACUUAUAAAGUGAUAACUACAUACCUAUCACAUCUCAGUUGUGUAGCAUCUUUUUCAAACAGGGCGAGUGUUGAGGGAGGGGAAAAAAAACCCAGACACUUAGUUUCUCUAUUGAAGUAGUUUUAACACGGUUGUGAUUUGGAACCUGGUCUUCAAUGCACUGGUGAGAUGCUGCACAGGUGGACUGUUUAUGAGCUACAGCAUUGUAAUUUACAUAGUCAUUUAUGUAAGUUUACUGGCAGUGUGUGUAAGAUUUAGCAUAGCCAUAAGAGAAGAUUGUCUUCAACAGGGAAGAGCUGACACCUCCACAUGAGCACUUGUGUGAUGUACACUGUGUGUCACCUGAUAGCUGUAAGUCUCAAAAGCUGUUCUGUUUAGCUCUACCAGUUCCU